AUGCUUCGUUGUCAACUCAGACUGACUGUCCCUGAGUCGUCUCCAUCCUACACGAAGCUGGCCGAAGAGAGCUCUACGAGACCAACGGUCCUCUGGAUACGAAGUACUUGGCAUGACCGAUUGUUUCUUCAGAAUGUACAGUCUCUGGACACACCUCUUACAAUUCAAGGAAAACCACAGCAGGUAGUUGUAUUAGAUCCGACGGGAUUGUGUCUGAUUAGGUCACCACACGAACCUCAAAGACCCGGAUCAUAUCUGCUAAGUUGCAUGACCUGUGGCGCCAAAAAGCGUAUCAGUAACGAGGCGAGUAGAAAACGGGUAUUUGGUUGUGCUGCAGGCACCUCAAUCCGGGGAACAUCCAGCAUCAUCGACUACGAUGACUCGGUCAUGUGCUACGCAUGUCGAAACACCGUCUACCGAGACGAGUGGGAACGUUAUAGAUUUACCCCCAGAGCCUCUCGCACUGUGAUUCUUCGAAAUGCGGGCAUUUGCUGUUCUUCGUCGGGUUGCUCACAAUUGGCCUUCCUGGUGUGGUUGAAUCUCUUGGAAAUGGACUUCAGCUAUUAUAGCCAGCGGGGUCAUUACAGCACUGAAGCCCGACCACCAUGA